UAUACUGUAGUUUGCUAGGGUUUUAGUUUGAAGCUUGAUAGUUCCAACUUGAAUUUACAAAUUACAAUGGCGGAAGAGACAAUCCCUCAACUCGAUCCGGAGGUAACCAACUCAGGCACAGAAGAUAUGGAAUUGGAAACUACGGUACCGAAAGGUUCAAGUGAUGCUUCUGAAGCAACUGAGGCCGCUCCAGUAAUUAAUGGCGAUGCUAAUUCGAAGCGAGAGAGGGAGGAAAGCGCCGAUGAUGGCGUCGGCGAUGGGAAGAAGCAGAAGAUAGAGAAAUCAGUUGAGGAAGAAAGGGUUGAGAAGUUGGGUGGAGACGGGAAGUGUGAGGAGGAACCUGUUCCUGUUAGUUUAGGCCCCAAGAGCUUUCGAUCAUCGGUGGAAUUGUUCGAUUACUUCUAUAAGAUCCUUCACAACUGGCCUAUCAACUUGAACGUGAACCAGUACGAGCAAAUGGUGCUGGUAGAUUUACUUAAGAAGGGGCAUCUAGAACCCGAGAAAAAGAUUGGCUGCGGUAUUCAGGCCUUUCAAAUUCGUUUCCAUCCUGUGUGGAAAAGCAAGUGCUUCUUCCUCAUCAGGGAGGAUGAGUCUGCUGAUGACUUCAGCUUCAGGAAGUGUGUUGAUCAUAUCCUUCCUCUGCCUGAAAACUUCAAAGGAAAAUCUGAUGCAAACAGAGCAUUAGGCGGUGGUAAGCACCGUGGUGGAGGACGAGGUGGGGGUGGUGGACGUGGAAGAGGAGGAGGGGGUAGGUGGAGAAACUGAUGUUGUUUUUCCCAACACUUUUCAGUCUCACCACAUUGGACUCAAUUUUCCUGCGAAGAAGAAUUUACCACAAAAUCCCAACCAAUUGAAAGCCCUUGGCCAUGAGUUCAAUGAAAAAAGUAGAGGAAUAAUUUGUUUAUGCCCAUAAUUGAUGUUCUUUUUUUUUUCACCGUGCUUGAUGUAUGAACUCAAAAUUAUGAUACAAUUUUCUAACGAUAAUUGUUAAAGGAUGAGUUUUUAUUUUAA